CUGCUCCACCUCCCACCUCUCCUCUCGCUGCGUGGUUGCCAUGACAACGGAGAGAGCCUGCAACCCAGGUUCCGGAAGCCGGGAAGCUAGAGCUUUGAAGCUAUCCGGGCCAAAGGAUGCUGAGUCCAGAGCGCCUAGCCUUACCGGACUACGAGUAUCUGGCUCAGCGACAUGUCCUCACAUAUAUGGAGGAUGCCGUGUGCCAACUACUGGAGAACAAGGAAGAUGUUAGCCAAUAUGGCAUUGCCAGGUUCUUCACGGAAUACUUUAACAGUGUAUGUCAGGGAACUCAUAUUCUCUUUCGGGAGUUCAGCUUCAUCCAAGCUACCCCCCACAACAGAGCAUCCUUCUUACGGGCCUUCUGGAAAUGCUUCCGAACGGUGGGCAAAAAUGGAGAUUUGCUGACCAUGAAAGAAUAUCACUGUUUGCUGCAGUUGCUGUGCCCGGACUUCCCGCUGGAGCUCACACAGAAAGCAGCCAGGAUCGUGCUCAUGGACGACGCCAUGGACUGUCUCAUGUCCUUUUCUGACUUCCUGUUUGCCUUUCAGAUUCAAUUUUACUACUCAGAAUUCUUGGAGAAUGUGGCCACCAUCUACCAGGACCUGCUAGCGGGCAAGAACCCCAAUACAGUGAUUGUCCCAACAUCAUCCAGCGGACAGCACCGCCAGCGGCCUGGCCUGGGUGAGGCUAGCAUGCUGGAGGGAGUGGAGGCGUCCCUGUUCUGCCAGUGCCUGGAGAGCCUGUGUGACCGGCACAAGUACAGCUGCCCACCUCCAGCACUUGUCAAAGAAGUCCUAAGCAACGUCCAGAGACUGACCUUCUAUGGAUUCCUUGUGGCUCUCUCAAAGCAUCAUGGGAUCAACCAAGCCCUAGGAGCUCUGCCUGACAAAGGGGACCUGAUGCAUGACCCAGCCAUGGAUGAGGAACUGGAACGUCUGGUGGUGAGGUCGAGGCUGCACAGGACCUCGCGGCAGCACAGGGCUGCUGAGCCAGGGGCCUUUGGCUUUCAGAGAAGAGACAGAGACAGACCAGAGGCCCUGGAGACAGUGCCCUCAGCUUCUGCACCAUCACCCUACCCCUGUCGGUGGGAGGCCAGAGAGUGAGCCAAGGGCCUGCUCACAAGGGGGCAGGGUCCAGAGAGGACAGUACUUCAGCUCAGACCAACAGAAGCCCGGGGCCCUGUGGGGCUUUAUUUUGACACCAUUUUUUGCAAUACAAACAGUCCAGAAA